GAGGGCAAAAAAGCCUCCCAUCUGCACCCCAGAGCAUUUAGCCAAGAGGGAAACUGAGGCUAGGAAGGAAACCAGUAGCCAUGGGGCAACCCCAUGGGGCAAUCUCUGCCCGACCGGCCAAUCCGCAUUCUCCCCCACAUCCCAGCUGCUCUGGGAGGGGUAUUUAAGUGCCCGGCACCCCAGGAGGACGUGCUGCCACUGGUGCCAUGGAGACAGGGAGAAGACCAGGCCGGGCUGUGGGGGGGGUCCUCGUGGGCCUGAUCCUGGCUGGGCUGCUGGGUCCUGGGGGCUGCCUGCGGCGCUCAGGUGAGACCGGUGGGGGGUGGAGGAGACCCCCAGGGGCUCAUGGGAAGGGUGGCGAGAGCUCAAGGGGGUUCUUCAGCUGUCCUCAGUCUUCCUGUCACCGGGAAGGGGGCAGGGGGUCCGGUUGUGUGUGUGUGUGUGUGUUUUGUGUAUAUGUGUGUGUGUUGUGUAUAUCUAUAGAGGGGUGUGUGUGUGUGUGUGUUUUGUGUAUAUGUGUGUGUGUUGUGUAUGUCUACAGAGGGGUGUGUGUGUGUGUGUGUGCAUCAUUUGUCCCUGUCCUGUAUCCAGGUCCCUGCCUGUGCAUCUCUCCUCUCCUUGUCCAUCUGUCUGCUGGUGUGGCGGGGCCCUCCACCCCUCGCAGCUGCUCUGUCUUUGCACACGCACUGCGCACACAUGGACAUACACACAUGGACACGGGCAUGCACGCUCUCCUGUUGGUCUGUCUCUCCCAGUGUGAAUGCCUCCGAUCCUGCACGUUUUCUGUGCCAUGGGUCAAGCCUUCCCACCCCUCGGAGGCAGGUGUGUGCGUGUCUAUAGACACAUAGACGGAUGGGAGGGGUAUGUGGGGGGCGGGGUUUGUGUGUAUGUAUGUGUAUUGUGUAUAUGUGUGUGUGUGUAUGAUACAGACACACAUACAUCGACACGUACACAAUACACACACAUCUACAUAUACAACACGCACAUACACAACACACCCACACACAUAUACAACACACACAUAUAUACACAAUACACAUAUGCACAACACGUGCACACACACAUAUGCAACACACACACACAAAAUGUACACAUAACAGACGCACACCCCCUCUGUCCAUCCAUAUGUGAAUGCCUCCAUCCCUGCACAUCUGCUGUGUUGUGGAUCCAGCCUUCCCCAAGCCUGUGUGUGUGUGUGUGUGUGUGUGUGUGUGUGUGUGUUUGUGUGUGUGUGUGCAGGCCCCGGACGCCUGGGUUCUCCAUGUGUAAUGUCCUCUGGAUGCUCAGAUUCUGCAUGCGGGUGUCCAGGACACCUGGGUUGUGUGUGUGUACACACGUACACAUAGAGAGAAUCUCCAUGGAUUUCAUCCCCCCCCCCAGCCGCAAGCGCUCCCUCCCUCCAUCUGCACCAAAUCCCCCUGGGUCAGGUUGUCCGUCUACCCAUGCCCCCCCCCCCCCCCCACUACCCACUGUGCCUAGCAGACUGAGGCACCUCCCUCUCCACUCCAGCCCCCCCCCCCCACGCACUCCCCUCCACCCCCCAUGGGGCCACAUCCCCUCCGAACCUCCCUCCCCACCAGCCAAGCCCAAGGGCCUAGGAGAAUGAAAGACGCUCUGCUUGCCCAGGGGGUUUAGACACUUCCCCCUUGCCUAUUGGGCACCCGGGCCUGUAUAGAUGGGAUCUGGGAGGGAAUCCAGAGCCAUGUGUCUGCUCCCCCUUGAUGCUAUCUCUGUCUCUGCAGGGCCCCGACAGAGCACAGUGGUGGAGGAGUGCGGGCGCCGGGGCCCCUCGACCCGCAUCGUGGGGGGCACGGACGCGCGGGCAGGCGAGUUCCCCUGGCAGGUCAGCGUCCGCCUCAAUGGCACCCACUUCUGCGGGGGGUCCCUGAUCAGCCACCAAUGGGUGCUCACAGCUGCCCACUGCUUCCAGAAGUCCCGUGACCCCGCGCAGUUCUCGGUGCUGCUGGGCGCGGUGCGGCUGCAGGACCCCGGCCCCCAGGCCGCGGUGGUGGCAGCGGGCGCGGUGGUGGUGAACCCACGCUACGCGGGCGAAGCCUCCAGCGGGGACCUGGCCCUGCUGCGCCUGGUCCGGCCCGUGACCUUCGGCCCCCGUGUCAGCCCCAUCUGCCUCCCGGACGCUGGGGUCCGCUUCCCCGCCAGCACCCGCUGCUGGGUCACCGGCUGGGGCAACAUCCAGGAUGGAGUGGACCUGAAGCCCCCUGAGACGCUGCAGAAGCUGGAGGUGCCGGUCAUCGGGCGCGAUGCCUGCAACACCCUCUACCAGCAGGGGGCACCACCGCUGCCCGGCACCCGCGACAUCCAGGAGGACAUGAUGUGCGCCGGGUACCCCCAGGGGGGGCGGGACGCCUGCCAGGGUGAUUCGGGCGGGCCCCUCGUCUGCCUCCUGGGGGCCGCGUGGCUGCAGGCCGGCGUGGUGAGCUGGGGUGACGGCUGCGCCCGCCACAACCGCCCGGGGGUCUACAUCGCCUUGGCAACCUACCGGGACUGGAUCCAGCAGCACGUGCCCGGCAUCGGCUUCGUGGGGGGCGGACGCCGGGGAUCUUCCUGAGGGGGGUCCCGGACACCCGGGGUCUUUUUUAUUUAUUGGGGGCAACCUUGGGUUCAUUUUUAUUGGGGGGGUCUUGGACCCUUGGGUUUUUUUAUGGGGGGUGGACACCUGGGUUCUCCCCCCGAACACGUCCUGCCUCGAGCGUGCCCAGCCAUGCCUGUCUACGCACACUCGCGUGACUCGCAAUUCCCUCGGGCUCUUCUCGCACGCUGAGCUGGUGGGUGGGGCAGGUCCCCCACACCGUUCCUUACCGUAUUUAUGCGUGUAUCACGCCCAACCUCCCCCCCAUUCCGUGCUGGUUACUGUAUUUGUGGGGGUAUCAUGCCCAACCCCCCCACUCCAUUCAGGGCUGGUUACCGUAUUUAUGGGGGUAUCAUGUGCCUACCUCUGUGUCCCCCAAUUUGUCUGGGGAUGGUGGAAUAAAGAGGGCUCUGUUCAAUGACA